UUAAUUCAAUGCAUUAUUACAUUACAAGCAGACGAUCUACCAGCAGACGAUCUAGCAGCAGACGAUGAAGUUUAGUUACCUACUAGUCAUCGUGGUUUUCGCCAUAGUGGCGAUAGAGGCUGUUCCACCGCGGAAAGCAUGUAUGAACCAGCCGCAGUUUGAUGAUUGUACUGGCGGUGGAGGCUACUAUUUUGACGCUAUAAUGGAUGAUUGUGUAUAUGGUUACUGUGCAAAGAACGGCAACAGGUUUGCCACAGAAGACGAAUGUGAAAUAGCUUGUGAAGGCGAAGAAGAAGAAGAACCCGAUAACGAUGUACCCGAUCAUGAUGUACCAGAUAAUGAUGUACCAGAUAAUGAUGUACCAGAAUACAAUCUACCUAAUGAAUAUGGACAAGACUAUCGUUAUAAUGCACACAAUGUAAAUUAUGGCAACAAUGUAAACAAUGUAAACAGUGGCAACAAUGUAAACAAUGUAAACAGUGUCAACAAUGCAAACAGUGUAAAUAAUGGCAACAAACGAAACCAAGUCAUCAAUGGACGAGAUGUAUAUAGCCAAAUAUACCGUUACUUUUUAAACAAUGCCAACAAACGAAACCUUGUCAACAAUAGACCCAGUGCAUAUAGACAAGAUUACCAUUACAGUGUAAACAAUGGCAACAAACAAACUAUUGGCAACAAAGGACCUAGUGCAUAUAUAAAAGACAACCGUUACACAACCAAUGUUAAAAAACAAACUCUUGGCAACAAUAGACCCAGUGUAUAUAGAAAAGACUUCCGUUACAGAACCAAUUCUAACAAACAAAAUCUUGGCAACAAUGCACCCGUUCAAUAUAAACAACUCUUCCAUUACACUGUAAACAGUGGCAACACACAAAAUAUUGCCAGUAUUGGAGCUGUUGAAUAUAGAAAAGACAACAGUUACAACGUAAAUCUUGGCAACAGACAAAAUCUUGGCAACAAACAAAAUCUUGGCAAACAAAAUCUUGGCAACAAACAAAAUCUUGGCAAACUAAAUCUUGGCAACAAACAAAAUCUUGGCAUCAAACAAAAUCUUGGCAACAAAGGACCCGUUGAUUUUAAACAACUCUUCCGUUACUACUUAAACAAAGGCAACAAACAACACAGUAGUAACACACAACACAGUAGCAACAAACAAAACAGUAGCAACAAACAAAACAGUAGCAACAAACAAAGCAGUAGCAACAAACAAAGCAAGAGCAGAAAACAUAAAAAAAGCAGCAAACGAAACAAAGGAAAAAGUAGCAAAAAACAAAACAAAGGCAACAAUGUAAACAAAAUGUGCAUCACUUGCAAAUUUUAAAACCAUUGAACGUCGAUAGUCUUCAACAAACAAACUAUACAUCAGAAAUCAACUGGUCUUGCACAAGAUUUAUCAGAAUUAAAUCUUUUUAUCUAGAAUGUAGUUUGUCGUUUGUUUUUGGUUUUAUAGUCUUUAGUAUUUUUACAAAACACAAUGAUUGUUAAAUUUAUUUUAUGUGUUAUAGGGAUCACCUUCCUAAAUAAGAAAAAAAAAACAAAUAUCGGUUAUAAAUUAACUGACAAACGACAAACUAUAAUAACAGUCUGAAGUAUUAACACUAGUUCAAUCCAUUUUAAGUAAAGUUAAUUCAUUGAGUAAUGUAAGAUAAAAUGAGCUGUACAGGGAAUGCAGCCUGUCAGUUGAUAUGCCAGCCUGCUAUGCAGUAUGGUUUUGCUCAUUGUUGAAGGCCGUACGGUGACAUAUAGUUGCUAAUCUUCUACGUCAUUUGGUGUUUGGUGGAGAGUUAUCUCAGUGGCAAUCAUACCACAUAUUAUUUUUAUAUUAAAAUAUGACAUAAAA